AUGGCCACCGAGGGCUUUCCAGAAAAGAACGCUCCCCCAGCACCAGCUGCUGUCGCGCCAGCGCCUCCGAAAAUCAGCGAGCCCCCUCAGCCAAUUCACAAUGUGUUGAACACUUGUCAGACGGAUACCGAGUCUGUUGAAGCCGAGAAAGCCCAUCUCGGCACUGGGAUCGAGCUCCCGGAAGCUCCCAAGCCCGUGCAGAGCACGCAUGGUCCCAAUGGCCCGACCUCAAAUCACCCGCUAGGCCGCUCCGUUGCAGCUUCUGAGCCCGAAGUCACGGUAGUAGGUCAUCAAGCCCCAGAGCCCGCAACGGUAGUCCCACCGCCUGUCACAGAAGCGCCAAAGCCUGCCGAGGAACCCACUCAGCCCGCGGAGGAAGCUCCAAAGCCAACCACGCAAGAGCCACAAAUUGGUGAGAAGCGUGACCUUGAUUCUAUGGUGACUCAAGCGCCUGCUGAAGGAAAGCCACCUGCACCUGAGCCUACCGCUGAGAAGGUUGAUGGGCCUGAGAGCAAGAAGCAAAAGACAGAACAGGAGCCCACCAAGGACACCAAUGGUACUGCACCUGCUCCAACCAGCACAACUACAGCUCCUGCAGCUGCGGCCCCCGAGGAACCAAAGAAGGCUGUCCCCUCCAAGAAGGAGAAGAUCAAAGAGGCUGUGAAGAAGAUCAUCCCGACCGAUGGACCCGGCAGUCGCACUCGUAGCCGCACCAAGGAUACCUAA